AGGCCUGAUACAUGGCCAGAAAACACAGGCAUUGUCUGGGAGAAAUUUAUUGCUCCGCAGAAGGUCUUGAACACACCAAGCCCCGUUACAACUUCAAAAGCUGGCAUAUUGAAUCUCCCUCUCGAACUCAUACUAGAAAUAUUCUCCCAUACGAGUCGAGAGGGCGGCGUCUGCCUUGCUCUUACUUGCAAGAGCCUUCUCUCAGCCUCAACACUUGCCAACCUCCACCGGCCAACCUUGCCCCCUGAGAAUCGAAUUCCCUUUUCAGAUUACGAGAAUGCAAUUCUCCAUCCCGGCAACCGAGAACAUCAAUCACGGGAAGCAGUGAUAAAGUUCUUCUUCCUCAUCCACCCUCUCGGCAACGGACUGAGACGGUCACGAGCAAUACAUUUCUGCCAAGCCUGUCUUCGCUAUCGGCCGACGGAACCCAGUUGGUGGACUGGCAGGGGUGCGCCGUGUCCCGGAAAAGCAGCAAUUGGGAGACACUGGGGCCUUGUGCUUGAGCAUUGGCACUAUAAGCUGAUGCUUCAAUGCCCGGAGUGCUGGUAUUCCGAUCACAAG